AUGAAAGAUGCAACUCUAUUCAGACAAGCCAUGGGAGCACUGCAGUACUUAACCAACACAAGACCUGACAUAGCCUUCUCUGUCAACAAAUUGAGUCAGUACAUGAGUUCUCCUACAAUGGAACAUUGGCAAGGUAUAAAAAGAAUAUUCAGAUAUCUUCAAGGCACCAUUGAUCAUUGUCUACAUAUUAAACCAUCAACUGAUCUAGACAUCACAGGGUUUUCAGAUGCAGAUUGGGCAACAAGCAUAGAUGAUAGAAAAUCAAUUGCAUGGCACUGUGUUUUUCUUGGUGAAACUCUAGUAUCUUGGUCUUCAAGGAAGCAAAGGUAG